UCGGGCUCCGGGCGCUGAGUAAUGCUCGGCGCAGCGCGAUCCCAGGCAGAGCCGCCGCCGCCGCCGCUCCGCGCCCAGCGCUCCCGGGGCGCUCCGGCCGCGACCCUGCCCGCUCCGCCGGCGGCCAGGCGACACGGGCGGUUGGGGGCGGCGAAGGGGCCGCGAUUCCCCAUGUGCUUGCGGGCCCCGCGGGAGCCGCAGCGCCGCUCGCCCGGUGAGCCCUGCCCACGCCCGCCGCGGCCCCGGAGCCCCGGGGCGCCCUGGGGAGCGGCGGGGGAGCGCGCCCCGCGGACCGAGGGUCACCCCGGCCCCCCGGCGCGUCCCGCCAUGGGGGACUGAGCCGGGGGGCUGAGCGCGGCGGGGCGGCGGCGGGCAGGGCGGGGGGCGCGCAGCCCUCGCCGGGCUCGGCGGGCGCCGGGGCGGCGGGAGGCGGGGGGGGCAUCCCGGGAGGAUGGCAGAGCCGCCCCGGCGAGCCGAGCCCCGGCGCGCAGGGAGCCAGUGAGAGGGAGGAGAGGGGAAAACACAAACAAGCAAACAACCCACAACAAACAAAGCGGGCAGAGAGCAGCGCCGAGCCCCGCCGCCCCUGCCCCAAAGGCGCCCGCCCGCCCGCAGCCCGCACAGCCGCUGCCCCAGCGAAGAUGCGCCCGGCCCUGGCCCACGGACUCUGCUCGCUGCUGCUCAGCCUCUGGGUACCCAGCUCGUGCUCCAAUGAGAUCCUGGGCCUGAAGCUGCCGUCAGAGCCGGUGCUGAAUGCCAACACAGUGUGCCUGACCCUGCCGGGGCUGACACGGCGGCAGCUGGAGGUGUGUGUGCGGAACCCCGACGUCACCGCCUCGGCCAUCCAGGGCAUCCAGAUUGCCAUCCACGAGUGCCAGCACCAGUUCCGGGACCAGCGCUGGAACUGCUCCAGCCUUGAGACCAAGAACAAGAUCCCCUAUGAGAGCAUCAUCUUCAGCAGAGGCUUUCGGGAGAGCGCCUUCGCCUAUGCCAUUGCGGCCGCCGGUGUGGUGCACGCUGUCUCCAAUGCCUGUGCCCUUGGCAAGCUGCAGGCUUGCGGCUGUGACCAGAAGCGCCGGGGUGAUGAGGAGGCUUUUCGGCGCAAGCUGCAUCGUCUGCAGCUGGAGGCUAUGAACCGUGGCAAAGGCAUGGUGCACGGGGUGCACAUGGAGCACAUGCCGGCUGAGACCCCCGGCCUCCAGGACUCCUGGGAGUGGGGAGGGUGCAGCCCUGAUGUAGACUAUGGGGAGAAGUUUUCCAAGGAUUUCCUCGAUUCCCGGGAAACCUACAGGGAUAUCCACUCACGCAUGAGGCUGCACAACAACCGUGUGGGACGGCAGGUGGUGAUGGACAACAUGAGGAGGAAGUGCAAAUGCCAUGGCACCUCAGGGAGCUGCCAGCUGAAGACAUGCUGGCAGGUGACACCUGAGUUUCGCCUGGUGGGGUCCCUGCUCAAGGACCGCUUCUAUGGGGCCACCCUGAUCCGACCACACAACCGCAAUGCUGGGCAGCUGGAGCCGGGCCAUGCUCGGCAUCGCCGCCGAGCCGGCAUCAGCGAGCUGGUUUAUUUUGAGAAGUCACCUGACUUCUGUGAGCGGGAGCCGGCCCUGGACUCCUUGGGCACCCAAGGACGCCUGUGCAACAAGACCAGCCCGGGCAUGGACAACUGCGAGAGCCUGUGCUGCGGCCGUGGGCACAACAUCCUGCGGCAGACACGCAGUGAGCGCUGCAACUGCAAGUUCCACUGGUGCUGCUUCGUGGCCUGCGAGGAGUGUCGCAUCACCGAGUGGGUCAGCGUCUGCAAGUAGCCAGGCAGGGACAGGUGCCCACCCCAGGGUGCCAGGGACAAACACAUCUGCCCGCAGGGGGGGAGGGAGACAGGGAUUGGCGCUGGGAGGGGAGAUGGAGAUGUGGUACCCGCUUCCCUCUGCUCUGAGGGGAGGGGGAGUGGAAAUGCUCGGCACCCUCCAAAAUCAGCACUUUGUCGUCACCCGGGGAGGGCAGGGCUGCCCACUGCCUGCCCGGCCCUGCACCAGAGCACCAAGGCUCCCGGCCCCGGGGAGCACACAGCCAUGCUGUACAGACCGCCAACACCAGCACUGCUCGGGGGAGGGCGGGGGGUGGGCACAGGGGUGGGCGACCAUCCGCUGGCACCCAGUGGGAUGGGGCAGGGUGGGAUGGGGGACAGCAGGGCACGGGGAGCCCGGGUGGGGGGGAGGGGAGGACACGCACUGGCACCGUGCACGGGUUCCUCUGGCCACACACAAGGCUGAGCUCUGAGCAGGAUGGGGAUGGAGCAUCCCAUGGGAUGGAGAGGGACCCAGCCCCCCGGGCUGGGGCUCACCUCUGCCAGGGCAGAGCUUGGGCUGGCUUGGACUGUAGCACCGUGGCUGGAGGGAGGGUGCCUGGGGCUGUGCUGUGCGUGCCUGUGUUAUUGUAUGGUAAGUUAUUUUCUGAUUGUGAAUAAAAGUGGAUUGGAGACA